CCAAAGAAGCACUCGAUAGUAAAGAAUUUGAUAAAGCGCGGAAUGCAAUAGAGAGUAUACUCACAUUUGAACCAAUGAAUUAUAACGCCAAUGUAUUUCAUGGUUUGGCGUUAUUCAAUUUGGGAGAUGAUGCCAGUGCAGAGAAGGCCUAUAGGCGUGCUAUUGAAUCAAAUCCGACUCUUCCGCUAGCUUGGAGGGGAUUAGCGAAUUUCUAUGAGAAGAGACAGAACUGGGAUAGGUACACUAAGACCCUCUUUGAGUUGCUAGAACUGUUCAAUGAAGCGUCAGACGCAACGAAAGUGGCAGAAACUAUACAAAAGAUAGUACAGUUUUAUAAGGACCAGAAUAACAUAGAAAAACUAACGGAAUGUCUCCAUUGGUACCUUCCAAAUUCACCUUAUUACGAUUUGCUUUCGACUUUACCACCACCAGAUCAUACUCAGCCGCUAUUGACCACGACAUAUGAAGCACAAUGCGCUAUUUAUGACUCUUUACCAAUAUUGAUCCAAUUGAAGGACAUUCAUCAAGCUAACAUCAGCAAAUGGAGAACAGAAGAGUUUAAUAAAAGGAAAACUAGACUUGGAGCACCAAGAAGGGAAAUAAUAGAGAAGGAUUUAAUAAACGAGUCAUCAAAGGAUAGCAAGUUAGAGCCAUUAUACCUUGAAAUUCUCAAUCAUCAAUCAACUUCUGACGAAUUGAGGCGUGAAGUUGAAGCCGCAUUGUUCAAAUUUAAGCAUGAUCACCUUCUAGCCACCUCCACCAAAGACAAGGACUUGAAGAAUCAACUUUUGAAUCAAGUUAUGGCAAUGGCUAACGGUAUGGUCACUAUCAACGUGCCAAAUAUCCUUGCUUGGACAGUCGUGCUUGAAUGGUGGAACACGGAGUACUUAACGGGAUACAACGCGAUUCUACUUAGACGUUUCCAGACACUAUUUCCUGAGCACAUCCUUUGUGGUGUUAUCAACGGUCUGUUUGCUUAUCUUCCAGCUAUCAGGUUAGAGGAUGACCCGACACCGAUUAUGCCAAAUGACAUGGCUCUUAAUGCUGUUAUAGAUGGUAUUGAAUCUAAUCCAAAUUCGCUUUUCACUCACAGAGUUUUGAGUUACAUAUACGAUAUUGAAAAGCAAUAUGACGAUGCUAUAGCCGUCUCUGAAGCUGGUUCAGAGCUUUGUAAGGUAUUUGAAAAGGACAGCGGUUUGCGCUUUGAUCUACACAAGCUGUCUUUCGAGAGAUCACUCGCAAAAUGCUUUACUUACAACUACCCACCAAAGUAUCACAUGAGAGCAAUGGGAAGUAUACAGAACGUUUGCAACGAGCGUCCUCAAGACGUAGAAGUCUUGAUUGCACAGGGUACGUGCUUGGAGUAUGCCAAUAAGUGGGACCAAGCGAGAGAAGUAUUUGAGCAAGUAAUAGCCAUAGAUGAAUCUAACCUUAUAGCGAAAGAAGAACGUGGCUGGUGUGAUGUCAUGAAAGCCGAUUACAGUAAAGGUAGAACAGGUCUUCAAGAAGUAUUGGAUGAGCUAUCACAACGGGACGACAUCGAAGACGUUGCUACACAUCAAGCAAGAUGCUACUUUAAGCUUGGUAAAUGUUCUUGGGAGCAAGGUGGACAGGAGCAAGUGAAUUCUUACACACUCUUUAUUCAAUCAAUCAAGCAUGUCAAUAAAUUUGCACCGUCGUUUACGCAUCUUGGUCUUUAUUACUUACACGUUGCUCAACCAACCGACAUCGUAAGAGCUUCAAAGUGUUUCCAGAAGGCAUUUGAAUUAGACAGCCGCGAAACUGAGGCAGCCAGAUGGCUUGCAGAUGGCUUUGCAAAUGAGAAGGAUUGGGAUUUAGUUGAAAUUGUCGCAAGAAGAACUGUCGAGGGUGAAGGUAGUACAGUGGAAGAAUUAGUGAAGGGUAGAUACCUCAGUAGGAAUGCCUGGGCAUGGAAAGCGAUCGGUGUUGUCGAGCUAAACCGUCAUAACUACGGUGCAGCUGUUGAAGCGUUCCAGAUUGCACUUCGAGCAAAUACCACCGACAACUCCAGCUGGCUCCGACUCGGUGAGAGUUACGCUGCUGCUGGAAGACAUGCCGCCGCUCUCAAGACUUUCAAUAAGAGUAGAGAGCUUGAUAGCAGUGAGAGCAACUGGUUGGCACUCUACGCUAUAGCUGAUGUACUUCGCUUGAUGGGCUUCCAUGCAUCUGCCAUUGAGACUUUGAAUGGUAUAUUUGAUGAGAACAACCUGGCCGUCGUAAUAUCGCUCGGUCAAUCAUACAUUUCCCAAGCUCGUUAUGAAGUAGUCAGUGGCUUUGUUGGAAGAGCUGUAGAAAGCUACAGGGAAUCAAUCAAAAAUGCACUUAUAAUAGUUCGUCAAGAGAGAUACUUGCGCGUUGCAUGGAAAGUUCUCAACGAUGCCUUCUAUGGAUUGGCAAAACUCGCUGCUUUGGAUGUCAACGAGGCUCUUACGGAGGCCGUUGAAUAUGUUGUACAGGUAAUGCAAGAAGAGCAACUCAUACAGAAAGUACAUAGCAAAGAAUUAAUAGAUUUCGGAUAUAUCCUUAACUCAAUAAAUACACCUGAGGCUGUAAACAGAGCCUGCAUCAAUGUAGCUAUACUAACUAGCGAAUUCGCUAUUACUCUCGAUUUCGGUAGACCCGAUAGUGUGGGAUCAACAUGGUACGACCUGACGCUUGACUUAGAAGAACUCGCAAAACAAACACAGUUGGUAUCUCAGACAGAGACAAGGAAACAAGUAGAAAAAUUAUCAGUAACUGCGAUAAGGAAUGCUCUCCGCUCUGAACCAGGUAAUGACGACUAUUGGAAUACACUUGGUAAUCUCGUUUUCGAGAGUGAUGCGAGAUUAGCUCAGCACUCCUACAUUAAAGCUAUCGAAUUAGACGGUCGCAAUCCAACAUAUUGGACUAACCUUGGUUUCCUGUACAUAUCACAGAAAGACCUAGAGUUGGCUAUCUACGCAUUGAAGAAAUCCCAAACAGUUGAUCCAGAUUACGUUUAUGCUUGGGUCGGUCUAUCAAUAAUCGCGUCAUUGGAGGGACGCCAUAACGAUGCCAAGAUGUUAUACGAGCAUUCAUUCACAAUUUCUGGCGGGGCUGAACUCGAGAGCAACUUCGGUUUUGCAUAUAAUGCAGCCAUUACCAAAAAGGAUGUUAAGGAAUUGCACAGAGAAUGCUACGCCAUGCAGCGCUUCACAGAGGGAAACCCAGGUGAUUAUGCUGGUCUGCAUCUCUAUGCUCUCCUUCGAGAAAACUUAGAACAAUAUGACGAAGCUGGUAAAGCUAUAGAACGCUGUGUUGAACUCCUUGAAGCGGCUUACGAAGAUGCUGAGAGCGCUGAAGUAGAAUCUCAUUACGCCCUCGCGAAUGUCACACUCGGUCGAAUCCGACUCGCUACUGGAUCAUAUGAUGCCGCAACGGAGGCUUUCAGCACGGCGCUAAGUCUCGCGCAGGAUGUGCCAACGAAAAUUCAGGCACUCCUGGGUGUGGGAUUAUCAAGCAACCAAAAAGGUAGUCCAGAUUUGGACGCUCUCGAGAAAGCAUUCAAAGAGGAGCAAGAUGUUGAUGCUGGUGUGAUUAUUGCACAAAUUCAGUACGAAAAUGACACCGAGAGUGCUAUAUCACGUCUUCUUGAAUGUGUAGAAAUCGAUGGCGGUCAUCUCGGAGCUAUCUCAACACUUGUUGCUAUAGGAAUACUGGAAAAUGAUGAUGGAUUACUCGAUGCGGCUCUCGCAGAGAUUAAUGCCAUGCCUUCAGAUAAACGCAUCGAAGUGGAUAGUCGAAGAAGUGUACAUCGUUUAAUGAUGCAGCAUUCACUGAUGAGCGGAGAUACGGAGGCGACAAUCCGAAUGUUAACCAAGGAAGUAAAUCUUCAACCAUACGCUCAGGACCUGAAGAGAGAUCUUGGGAAGUUGCUACUCGCGACUGGGAAGACCGCACUCGGUGCGAAUGUCACACUCGCUGACGAUAGCCACGAAAGUAGACUGGACUCAACGUGGAUCGCUACUCAAGCUCUCGCAAAAGCCGACAAAGGUAUGCUUGAUGAAGCGCUCAAAGAUAUACAACGAGCACUCUACAUCGAUCCAAGCAGCGAAGACAACUGGAAGACACUCGCACUUAUUAAAUUGCUCAAGUAAAGAAAAUGUAUUGUUCAGAAUUGUCAAAAUUUAUAUUAAGAAAUAGCGAGCGUGGUUAUUACUAUUUUUUUUUUUCACUUCACCCAUAUUGAAAGAAAUAGGAAUAUAUGAGUAAUCUACUCGUUGUGGGAUGUCAGUGACCAAUCGUCAAUUGGGAUAUCCUUUGGUGUUUGGAAAUCAUCUGAUGACAUGCCGUCCCAUUGUGGUUCGAAAGAAACUUGUAAUCUGUAUUGACCUGGUGUGAGGUCAAUGGUGAGUACCUAAGUAUUUGGUUAAGUUUGUUGUCUGUUAGGACCAAUGUUUUCGAUGUCUGCAUCUUCACCUUGACCAUUAUUUGGAAGAUCUGGGUUUGGUGUUGGGUCAUGUUCUGCCUUUUCUUGACCAAAUUUGAGAUCAGCCUCUUCUGGAUGAACAAUUCUGACGGUCAUCUUCUCGCCACCAAGUUCCAAAUCGGCAGAUGCGCCAUUAAGUGUGAUAGUAGCAUUAGUUUGCAUUCUCCAUUGGAAAUUUGCACUAUCAGUGUUGAUAUCAUCUUGGAGAAGAACUUGACGACGCUUGUUAAAAAGUCUUAAACCGCGCUUGACGGAGUUGUUAUCGUAUGUCUUGGUCAAAUCGGCGGUGAAGUAACCA